AUGACCGGUAUGCGACGCCGAAGCGAGCUUGAUGCAUCUCCACCGGUACACCGGGGGAUGAAAGAUACUUUGGACAAAUCGGUAUUUCGGAAAACUCUACCUGUACUGGCUGCGCGUGUCCCCUCUCCCAAAGCUGGUUUAUUCCUCAAGUCGGAAGCUCUGAGAAGAUCCAUCAUCAACUUGCCUAAGAUCAGGAGUGUAGUCCCGGACCCAAGUGAUUCGAAAGAUACGCGACUGGUCCUGUUCAGGGUGUCAGAAAACGCCGAUCUUCCUCCUGAGGCCCAGGACUUCUUGCGGGAGCAGUCAGCAGAUAUCUUGAGAUACAACCUAGACCUCAAUUAUGAUUAUUGGACAGCGGACGAGAUAUUGCAUUCCGUACUUCCUGAAGAACUGUGCGAGGGUGCACCCUCCGGUUUUGCUAUAACUGGACACAUCGCACACGUGAAUCUUAAUGAUGAGUAUCUUCCGUACAAACAUGUUAUUGGCCAAGUCAUAUUGGAUAAGAACAAGGCUGUCCGCACGGUUGUUAACAAGCUCAACUCCAUAGACACCAAGUUCCGCUUUUUCAAGAUGGAGCUUUUAGCCGGGGAGCCUGACUACGUUGUCGAGCAUCACGAAUCAGAUUGUCGCUUCAUAUUCGACUUCACGAAGGUGUACUGGAAUUCUCGCCUUCAUACAGAACAUGACCGGCUGGUACAGCUCUUCAAGCCUGAAGAUGUCGUCGCGGAUGUCUUCGCUGGAGUCGGGCCAUUCGCUAUACCAGCGGCGAAGAAAGGAUGUGCUGUCGUUGCCAACGAUCUCAACCCAGAUAGUUAUCUGUACCUCAAGAAAAAUAUAGAGCUUAAUCAUGUUUCGACGGUUGUCAGAGCGUACUGCGAGGAUGGACGAGAGUUCAUCAAAGCAGCGGUUCCCAGAGCACUGAAUGAACCCUUUCCGCCGUACAAAAAUCCCAAAGAAAACAAAUCCAGGAAUCGUCAUAAAUCAUCAUCCAAUGUUCCGGUCCCGGUCCCGGCCCCCGAAUUGCCCCCGCGCAAGCGAAUAUCACACUUCGUCAUGAACCUACCGGACACUGCCAUCGAGUUUCUGGACGCCUUCCGAGGAAUUAUGUCGGAUUCAGCCAAUGAGGAGGGUACGCGGGAUUUGAGCGGGAUUUACGACGUGAUGCCGAUGGUCCACUGUCACUGUUUCACGAGGGAGUUAGAGCCAGAUAAGGCUGAGAAGGACAUACGAGCGAGAGUGCAACAUAGGUUGGGGUACACGUUUACGGGCAGCGACGAGGUAUCGCUCCACCUUGUUCGUUCGGUAGCCCCCAACAAGGAUAUGUACUGUAUAAGUUUCAGGCUACCUCGAGAAGUAGCUUUUGCAUGA